UGAGAUGUGUUGGUGAUGCCCCCUGGAGCCGAUACGCCAGAAAUGGAGCGACAUCAAAACAGUGUGACGAGGACUCCCCUCAACAGUGUUGUAGUUCAGAGGAGGAGCAAAAGUAAGAGCUACCGGCUGUCAUACCGCAGCUGCUUGGGUGCUACUUCACGUCUCUGCUUUACUCCAGCAUUGACAGCACGGAGGCUAAACACCAGCAGAAGGGCUCCAAAGUCGCACAAUAUCACUGAGAAGGUGAAUCCGGAGAAGCUGGCCUUGCUGGUGAAAACGGAGUGGCAGCUGUCGUACGUUUCUCCUCUCUAUCAGUUCAGGCACACCCAGCUGAAGAGCUACUCCAGGCAGCUCUCGGCAUUUAUUGCUGCAGAGAAACAGCAAGGUUUGGCUGUGGAGGUGGAGGGACCACAGAAAACCUUCAGAGUCUCCUUCUCUUUGGUGCAGGGGAUGGCCGAGUCGGACGAUGAUGCUGAGACUGUCCUCAUACAGAUCCACUCAAAGCCUUUGUUUGCCAGGCAGGACGAGCCACAGAGGCCAGUAUGGAGCGGUUGGCUGACCUGCAUCAACGGAAACCCAGACUACCUGCGCUCACUUCCAAAGGACUUUAUCUGUCUGCCGCUCUUCGGCAGCAGCGGGGCGGAGGCUUUAACUACUUUGGUCAAAUCCUGGUUCCAGCAGUUCUUCGACUGCUGCUUUGGCCCCCUGGAAAUCAGCCAUACGUGCUUACAAUGGCUGAUGGCAUUAUGGACUAACUGCCACACAGAGUCCAGCAUCCAGCACCUCAAAAUGAUUUGGACUCUUCCAGUUGUGCCACCGCUGCAGGUCACCUACACAGUUAACUCCGAAGACGCCUGGGAGCUGUGGAGCAGUGUGAGAAAGGAGAAGGAGAAGGAGAAUAAAGCAGGGGAGAUGGCGAAGGAUGAGGAGGAGAAUAGUAUCGACAUUGAGGAGGUGACGGGGUUCAUGCAGGGGCUGAAGAGCCACUUCUACAGACACUUCAGGCUGGACCUGUCAGCUGGCAGCCUGGACCAGGUCUCCACAGCACUGGGCUCAGCCAAGUACAAGGGUCGGAUCAAGAUCUCCAACAGCAGAUACAUGAUCACCACCCUGACUCUACUGACGGAGUGCGCCCUCCUCAAAAUGCCCAUCUGAGACGUCUAAAGACUUAUCCCCACCAGGAAAUGCAAUAUUGCAAUAGCAGCAUUUGACCCGUUUCUACUGGAAGUGCAGCUUUAUAUUUUUAAGUUUAAAGAAAGCCGAACAUCUUUCUUUCAAAAGGAAAUCGUAUUAAUUGUAAUUAUGAUUGAGUAUCGAGGAAAACAUUCUAGUUUACCGCGUCGUCUGGCAAACAAGCGUAGGUUCCACCUCUUAUUGUAAAUACUAUACCGUAUACAUUCUUGUCCAGCUGUUUUAUAUAUUGUCCUUUUUAUAGUUGUAAAUAAAAGUAAAAAAGGA